AUGGGAGCCCUUCGCCUCUCUCUUGCUCUCUUCUUCCUCAUCUCCUCUCCUGUACAAGCACAGUGGUGGAGUUUACUCUGGGCAAGCCCCAAAACCAGCCCCAGCUCUUCUCCUCCCUCCGUUCCUCCCUCUGUCUCCUCUCCAUCCAUCACCUCCCCGGGCCCUUCUGACACCCCGCGGACAACAGAGCUGGUGGGAAAGGAGAACGGGGUGAUGGAGAAAACAGUGGAGGGUAGAACUAAGACAGAGGGGUCUGUUCUGGCUCCUACACCCAGCCCAAGAGUAUUAAUCUCUGGCACUGCAGAACCUGGGAUGCUACCCCCAGAAAAGAGUGCAAGUGGAGGCAGCAAAACCAGGUCCCAGUACAAACCACUGAAACACUGGAAGAGUGAGCGGGGCCCAGGAGAUCAUCUGGACCUGACUGAUUUAAUUGGCGUACCCCUCCCUCCCUCAGUCUCUUUCACUCCUGGCUAUGAGGGUUUCCCAGCCUACAAAUUUGGACCUGAAACCAACAUUGGCCGGCUCACCAAGACCUUUGUGCCAGGGUCAUUCUACAAGGACUUUGCCAUCAUCGUCACGGUGCGUCCAGCCACCCAAAGAGGAGGCGUACUCUUUGCCAUCACAGAUGCCCGUCAAAAAGUGGUGGAGCUGGGUUUGGCCCUCACUCCAGUCCGUGGGGGCCUCCAGAGCAUCUUACUGUACUACACUGACAGAGAGCAGGCCUCCCAUAGCCACAAAGCUGCAGCCUUCAGUGUCCCUGAUAUGACUGACCAGUGGACACGGUUUACGGUGGUGGUGGAGCAAGAUGAAGUGCGUCUCUACAUGGACUGUGGAGAGGCAGAGAGGGUUACUUUCCAUCGGAGGCCAGAAAGACUCACUUUUUCUCACAACUCAGGCAUCUUUGUAGCUAAUGCAGGAAGCACGGGGCUUGACAAGUUUGUGGGGUCCAUUCAACAACUGGUGAUAAAAGAUGAUCCAAGGGCAGCUGAGGAGCAGUGUGAGGAUGAUGAUCCUUAUGCCUCAGGAUAUGCCAGCGGAGAUGAUUCUCUGGAUGACAGAGAGACGGAGGAGGAAAUGAUGAAGAGCACACAGGAGAGAAAACACAGCACAGCAAAGAAGGAGGACAGUGUUCCAGUUAUUGCUCCACCCACUGAAGCUCCAGAGGUGGAGCUCGAUGAGUAUUCUGGUCAAAUGACUCCAACGGAGGCCAAUGAAGAAAUGAUGAUAAGAGGGCCACACCGGACAGAAGAGGCAGGAGAGAGAUCAGGAGAUGGUCUUGUCAGGCCUGGGUUAAAAGGAGAGCGUGGAGUUCCCGGACCACCUGGCCCACCUGGUCCUCCAGGACCUACCACUCCACCUGGGAAAGCUCAGCCUGGACCAAGGGGGCCACAAGGGCCGCCAGGCAUCCCCGGAGCCCCUGGACUACCAGGGAAAGAUGGACAGCAGGGGAGCAAUGGAGAGAAAGGAGAUCCGGGUCAGAGAGGACCUCAAGGAUUUCCAGGUUUGGAUGGAGAACCUGGAGCCAAAGGAGAGAAGGGAGACCCAGGAAUUGGUUUGCCAGGCCCUCCCGGCCUCCCUGGGCCACCUGGACCCCCCAGAUCACGGAGUGUACCUUACGGAGCAGACGCCCUGGGUUCUGGGUUUGAAGACCUGGACAGUGAUACUGAACUCAUCAGGGGUCCUCCUGGUCCACCAGGGCCUCCUGGUCCUCCUGGUCCUCCUGGACCCAACCUGUCACCCGAGACAGCUGAGGGCCUCUCUCUUGGUCAUGCUGGACCACCUGGUGCUCCCGGUAGAGACGGACUGGCAGGCAAACCUGGAACACCAGGUCCAGCAGGAAAAGAUGGGGCUCCAGGUCUACCAGGAACUGUAGGAGAGAAGGGUGACCAAGGGCUACCUGGGCCACCUGGACCAAAGGGUGAAUGUGGGUCUGUGGGCACAGAAGGGUCUCCAGGGCCCCAAGGGCCCAUGGGUCCACAGGGGAAGAGAGGCCCAGUAGGUCCCCCUGGACCCCCUGGUCCCCCAGGACCUCCAGGAACCAAAUUCUUUGUAGAGGACAUGGAGGGAUCUGGGAAGAGUGACAUGGUCAUUGGAGCUGGAGUCUUAGGCCCACAGGGUCCCCCUGGUCUACCUGGCCCACAAGGACCUAAGGGUGAAGAUGGGGCCCCAGGAGCUCCAGGGCUCUCUGUCAAGGGUGAACCAGGAGACCCAGGACCAGAGGGUCUUCAGGGUCCUGCUGGACUACCAGGUGCCAGGGGGCCCAAAGGAGAAAAAGGCAGUGCAGGACCUAAGGGUGAUCAAGGCGCUGAUGGACUCAGUAUUCCAGGACCACCUGGGCCCCCUGGACCACCUGGGCCUAUGAUUAAUCUGCAGGAUUUGCUCCUCAACGCUACAGAUGGUGUUUUCAACUUCACAGAGAUCAGAGGACCACCAGGGCCCGUGGGCCCUGAAGGGUUGCCAGGCAGAGCUGGAUUUCCUGGUCCCAGGGGGCCAAAGGGAGACUUAGGCCCUCCAGGUAUUCGUGGGCCAGCAGGAAUCAAGGGAGAAAAAGGAGAGCCAGGGGUGACCAUUGCUGCUGACGGAUCUAUCUUAUCUGCACCGAGGGGCCCCCAAGGGCCCAAAGGCAUCAAGGGUGACCAUGGGUUCCCCGGACCGCCUGGAGUUAUGGGCCCUGUAGGACCUCAUGGACAAAAAGGUGAAUACGGCUUCCCCGGUCGCCCGGGGCGACCUGGUUUGCCUGGAAGGAAAGGCGACAGAGGAGAUUCUGUUGGCCUGCCGGGACCACCAGGUCCUCCAGGCCCACCUGGACUCCCAGGAAGAAUUCUUGGUCUGAAUGGAACAGUGUUCCCGGUGCGCCCCAGACCGCACUGCAAAAAGGGACGAGAGUCAGUGACAGUUGGAGCUAAAGGAGACAAAGGAGAAGAGGGACUACCUGGAGAACCAGGGACACCAGUACUUGGAUUUCCAGAUGGCAUUGUGGGUGCUAGAGGUGAUCAGGGAUACAAAGGCCAGAAGGGAGAAAAGGGUGACGCCGGUCUGCCUGGUCCUCCAGGACUGCCUGGGAGGUCAGGACUUGUGGGUCCAAAAGGUGAGUCCAUCGUGGGCCCCACAGGUCCGGUUGGGGCUCCUGGCCUGCCUGGAGCCCCUGGAUUUGGACGACCUGGACCCCGAGGUCCCCCCGGCCCUGCUGGACCCCCUGGACCUGCACCUCCAUAUGGAUCAGCUGUCAAUACACCUGGCCCUCCUGGUCCUCCCGGUCCACCAGGGGCUCCAGGAUACGCCAACCCGGUGACCACCUAUAAAACAAUCAACGCUCUGAUCAGAGAGAGUCGACGGGCUGCAGAGGGAACCCUGGCUUACGUGUCUGAGAACGGAGGAGAGCUGUACGUUCGAGCACGUAAUGGCUGGCACAAGAUCCAGCUUGGAGAGUUGAUCGAGCAUGAACCUUCCUCCUCUGCGGCGUCUCAGGCCCUCAGCAGGCCUGGAGGGUGGAGCAGACCGCACAGGAUCCACAGCCAGGAGCUGCAGGAGGGCAGUAGAGGAUAUCAGCCCAGCUAUAACGUACUACCCCAGACCUUCAACGCUGUUCCUGGGCUCCAUCUGGUUGCUUUGAACGCUCCUCUGAAAGGGGAUAUGCGCGGUAUCCGGGGGGCAGACUUCCAAUGCUACCAGCAGGCGCGCUCCAUGGGACUGACAGCCACAUACAGGGCCUUCCUGUCCUCACACCUUCAGGACCUGGCAACCAUUGUGAGGAAGGCGGACCGCACUGACAUGCCAGUGGUUAAUCUCAGGGGUGAAGUGCUGUUCAGUAGUUGGAUGUCCAUCUUCUCUGGGAAUGGAGGCACAUUUAACCCGUCCAUACCCAUCUACUCCUUUGAUGGACGCAACAUUAUGACUGACCCAGCAUGGCCAGAGAAGCUGGUGUGGCACGGCUCCAGCGCCGUUGGCAUCCGUCUGACCACAAACUACUGCGAGGCGUGGAGGACGGCUGACAUGGCGGUGACGGGCCAGGCAGCACUGCUGCAGACGGGACGACUGUUGGGACAGCACCCCCGCUCCUGCUCCAACCACUACAUCGUGCUGUGUAUAGAGAACACAUAUGUGGGAAACACACAUCCGAGGAGGACCUGAAGAGACAGAGGAAACACACACACACACAAAAACACACACAUUAACACAUAAAGAAACACACAUGCAGGCAUGCUGAAAGUAGAAAAUGUGACAUGAAUGGGAAACACAUGCAGGCACAUUCACACGUCAUGAUUACAUGUCACUGUUUGGGUAGAAAUGACAUUCAAGUACAGACUGCGGGCACUUCUGUUCACACACACGCACAGCAUGCACUCAAGCACAGAAACAUGAGCACAGCACACACACAAACACAACAUACACACACGUUUAACUUCCUUUCACUUUGUUUGGUUUCAUCUUUAGUUCCCACCUGAACCCAAGUGUAAUCCUGUCACACAGCCGUCCAUGUUUCAGUUAUUUAUAUUCACUCUAAACAUGUAGCAGCACAUCAUGUCUUCUCAGAGAGCUUUGGGAUUAUUGACACAUAUUGAAAAGAGAUGUAGAUCUGAGGAACUUAAAGGUUCACACCAGUCUUUUUACACUACGUUAUAUUUUAUACUUUUUAUUUUUGUUAGGAUUUGUUUUGUUUUUUUUUUUGCCAAUUCCAGGCAGCCAUAGGUUUUAAUUUAGUUCCCUACAGUAUGAAAAUCAAUUAGCAUUAAGUCUGCGUAUUUUUUGUCAAAGCAGACUUGAUGUACCGUGAUGGAUUUAACAAGUCUCAGGAGUCUGCUCAUAGAUUUCCACACUGUCUGAAAAUAAAUGGAAACCAGUGGAUGGAACUGUAGAAAACACACGUUUCUAACGGUGAAUUAGAAACAGUUUCUGAAACACAACAGCAUAGUUUGCAAAAUGGUUAGCUGUGGUGUAAUAUACAUAUACAGUUUACCUGGUAGUAAAUGGGCUAAAACUACUGUUAUGGUCUCGUAAGUUCUCAUUAUUUUCCAUUUUUGUGGAAAAGAAAUGUGGGUGAACGUGACCCAUGUAUGAAUUUCAACCUGGUAUCUGAUAUCACCACAGUGUUUUAGUUUAGACUGAGUCCUGUGUAGCUGUUUGAACAGUGCCACCUGAUUUACAGUUUCCAGGUUAUUCAAAAAAAUUAAAUAAUCAGAUGUGAGUCGAUGUAGGAUGAUGAUUGCUCUGUAAAGGAUAAGACUGGAAACGUCCUAUAUUUUUGUUAUUGUCAGCAAAUCCCAUGAAAGGACCAAAACCAACAAUGUAUGAGUCCUGCAGUGGAGCUCUGUGGCUCAGAGGAAUAACACACACACAGGGCCUGUCAGUGGGAUACAUUAACUGUGAUCUGCGGACAAUAAACAAACAUAUGGAAUAUCACCAGACUUACCGUUUACAUAUGAGCACAAUGUGAACAGUUUCGAAAGCAUAUGGUACACUGUACACACUCAUAUUUCAUAUUUUAGAUGUAAAUACACUGUAUGGAAACUACUUCCUAUCGACAAAGUCAAAUUCAUCCAAUCACAGCUUCACUUACUCAUGUUUCCUCCUGUUUUUUUCUUUGUUUUUGUUUUUUGGCCAAAAUCCAGCCAAAAAAAAAAAAAAAGUCUGGAUUUUCCCAAAAACAUUUUACCACUAAGUUCUUGUUAAUGUUGUAUCUACAGAUGUUAAAACCAUAUUGAAGAGAUUAGUCAUGCAAGGAAAACAAAACAAAAAGAUCCAAGGAAAAUUUGCCAAGAAUCUCAGCCUGUUUCAGCUACAGAUAGAGAAGUACAUGCAUAACCCUGAAGGUUACAUUCAGAAUCACAGUAUGCCCCCCCCCCCCCCGCUGAAAACAUGUGCACUCACCAUCACCUUUGUUUACACUGGCUCAUUAAUGAUGAUCGUCCUCACAAAGUCAGUUUCAGAAUAUUUAAACACGUUUCUUCUGUUUUUCUGAACUUCUGAUCUGAACUAGUCUCAUUAAACAUUAACAUCUGUGCUUUAGCUUUAGUGUUAGAGUUGAAAUCAAUGUAUGAUUUUCAUUAAUUUAUACUGUAGCAGGACAUAGUGUGAAAAUCUAGAGUUCACUUUCAGAUUUUGAUGAAGUUGGAUUGUGUAUAUAUAAAUAUACAUAUGUGUUUUGUUAUCGUGCAAAAUGUUUUUGUUUUUUACUCCGUAGAGGUAGAUUUUAUAUGUCGCACACUAAAUGACUAAGGUUUUCUCUCACCAUGUGUUGACUGAGGCGUAGUUCCAGUGCUCUGCCUGUAAAGAUAAUGUCGGCCUGGCUGAUGUUUUGAUUUUUAAGUGUUUUAGUUCUCCUAAUGUCUGUGAUUGUGAUGUUUCUCUACAGACAAAACUUGAGUUUCUGAGAAAAGAGAACAUUUGUGCGGACUGGU